AUGGCCUUUGGCAGAAGCAGUCCGCCGCCUUCUCAACCCUCGGCCAAGAAGCAGCAGUCCAUAUCCAGCUUCUUCACCCCUAAGCAGCCCGCUGCUAAGAAGGUCAGCGCGCCCACGCCAUCCACGACCAAAAGACCAUCGAUAUCCAAUGCACCUGAACCCACAAAUGAUGCUCGAAACACCAUUGUGAACAGCAGUCCGCCUAGGCCGAAGCGUCCGUUUGAAGAGUACAGCGACAAGGAACAAGACUUGCCGGAUCCCAAGAGAACGCGUCAGGAUGGUAGCGACUGGGAGAACGAGGCACCAUUACCCGCUGUGUCACAGCCGUACCGACCUGCCGCUGCCAAUGGAUCUGCGCGUAUCUCGGACCGUACAGCCAAGUACAUCUUCUCAAGUUCUCAGCCCGACCAACCUCUGCCAAAUGACAAAGACGACGAUGCCGUUCGCAGACAGAAAGAGCGUUUGCACCAAAAGUUCGUGAAGAAACUCGGCAGACCUGACAGUCUUAUCGACAUCAGGCGUCGUAAUCAUUUCAUUGACGAAGAACAACCUGACGGCGAAGAUGAUCCUGACGAAGAAGAAGAGGAAGUCCAAAAGCCUGCCAAGGGUAGAAAAGGUCCUGCCGUUCGAAAGACCGCCAGUAAACUCACACCUAUGGAGAAGCAAGUCAUCGAUAUCAAGAAGAAACACAUGGACACUCUCCUGGUUGUCGAAGUGGGUUACAAGUUUCGUUUCUUUGGUGAGGAUGCCCGCAUCGCUGCAAAGGAGUUGCAGAUCAUGUGUAUACCAGGAAAAAUGAGGUUCGAUGAACAUCCUUCCGAAGCACACCUUGAUAAGUUUGCUGGAGCGAGUUUUCCUACUCAUCGUUUGCAUGUUCAUGUCAAGCGUCUCGUCUCUGCCGGACACAAGGUUGGUGUCGUACGUCAACUAGAAACGGCUGCAUUGAAGAAGGCUGGCGACAACCGCAACACGCCGUUCGUCCGCAAGCUCACGAAUCUGUACACAAAGGGCACCUACAUUGAUGACGUAGAAGGUCUGGAUGGCCCUGUGGCUGCACCAGCUGGAGGUGCUCCUGCAACCGGUCAUCUACUUUGUCUGACCGAGAUGAACGCUGGAGGUUCAGGGACUGAUGAAAAGGUGCGCCUCGGCAUUGUCGCUGUUCAGCCCACCACGGGCGAUGUGAUCUACGAUGACUUCUACGAUGGCUUCAUGCGAAGUGAGCUUGAGACUCGUCUUCUUCAUAUCGCUCCUUGCGAGUUCCUCAUCGUUGGUUCUGUGUCCAAGGCGACCGAGAAAUUGGUCGAGCAUUUGUCAGGAAGCAGAACAAAUGUUUUUGGAGACUGCGCACGUGUAGAGCGCACGGAAAAAUCACAGACAUUCGCCGCUCAGGCGCACACGCACAUAUCCGACUUCUACGCUGGCAAGAUGCAGUCGGACAAUUCGUCGGAAGAGAAGUCUGCCAUGCUCGACAAGGUUCACCAAUUGUCUGAACCUGUCACGAUGUGUCUUUCGGCUAUGAUUACUCAUCUGACUGACUACGGUCUUGAGCACGUCUUCGAUCUCACCAAAAACUUUCAGUCUUUCAGUGCGCGCUCUCAUAUGCUUCUCAAUGGUAACACUCUGUCAUCGUUGGAGAUUUACCAAAAUCAGACAGAUCACACCGAAAAGGGCAGUCUGUUCUUCAUCUUGAAUCGUACACAAACUCGCUUCGGUCAACGUCUUUUACGCAAGUGGGUGGGUCGUCCACUACUCGACCAAGAACAGCUUCAGAAACGCAUUGGCGCUGUGGAAGAGCUUCUCGAUACUGAUCGUGCUAUUCCCACUGAUCGUAUCAAGAACCUCCUCGCUCAUGUCAGGGGUGAUUUGGAGAAGUCAUUGAUCAGAAUAUACUACAAGAAAUGUGCCCGUCCGGAGCUCGUGUCUGUUCUCCAGACGUUACAAAAGAUCUCGAACGAGUACGCACAUGUCAAAGCUCCGAAAGAUUCUGGUUUCGAGUCACCACUGCUAGCUGAAGCUAUCGCGUCAUUACCGCUCAUAUCUGAAGAUGUUAUAUCUUAUCUCGAGAGAAUUGACCUUCAAGCGGCCAAAGACGAUGACAAGUACUCCUUCUUCCGCGAUCAGUAUGAAACCGAAGAAAUCACUGAUCACAAAGUCGGCAUUGCUGCUGUCGAGCAUGAUCUGGAUGAACAUCGCACUCAAGCUGCGGAGACACUCAAGAAGACUGGCAAAGUCAACUACGUGACCGUCUCGGGUAUUGAAUUCUUGAUCGAAAUUGAGAACAUCCAUCUCAAGAGAGUACCUGCUUCGUGGGCCAAGAUCAGUGGCACCAAGAAGGUGUCUCGCUUCCAUACACCAGAAGUUGUCAAGUUGAUUCGCGAACGUGAUAGAAGCAAGGAAGCCCUUGCCAAUGCGUGUGACGCUGCUUUUGCCGAGUUACUUACGGAAAUUGGUGCCAAGUACCAGACCUUCCGCGAUUGUAUCCAAUCGUUGGCGACACUGGACUGCCUCCUCUCACUAGCCGAUAUCGCGAGCCAACCUGGCUACACAAAGCCUGAGUUCAUCACCGACAGCGACGAGGUGCGAAUCGAGGUCAAAGAAGGGCGUCAUCCAAUGGUCGAGCAACUUCUUCUCGAUUCGUACGUGCCAAACGAUAUUGAACUAUCUUCCAAGGAAAGGGCUCUUCUCAUCACCGGACCAAAUAUGGGCGGCAAGUCAUCCUACGUCAGGUCAGUGGCGUUGAUCGGUAUCAUGGCACAGAUUGGAAGCUGGGUCCCGGCGUCAGAAGCAAGGCUAACUCCGCUGGAUGCGGUCUUCACACGUAUGGGUGCAUUCGACAACAUGCUUAAGGGCGAAAGUACUUUUAUGGUUGAACUUUCCGAGACUUCAGACAUUCUCAAGCAAGCAACGCCCCGAUCCCUCAUCAUCCUGGAUGAACUGGGUCGUGGUACGAGUACUCACGAUGGUGUGGCAAUUGCGCAAGCUGUGCUGGACUAUGUUGUACGCGAGACUAAGGCACUUACCCUGUUCAUCACCCAUUACCAGGCACUUUCGCGAAUGGCCGAGCGAUACGAAGCGCGAGAACUUCGUAACGUCCACAUGCGCUUCACUGAAGAAGUUGUUGGCGACGAUCAUACAGACAUUACUUUCCUGUAUGAAGUUGGCGAAGGUGUCGCACAUCGCAGUUAUGGCUUGAAUGUGGCAAGACUUGCUGGGCUGCCGAAAGAUGUGCUUGACGUCGCAGCGAUCAAAAGCACACAAAUGGAAGAAGAAGCAAACAGAAGGAAGAUGGCACACUUGUCGAGAUUGCUUUCCUCCACCCUCGAAAACGACCAGCCACUCAGCACUGAGUUGCUCAUGGCUGGCCUUGAUAUGAUGUAG